AUGUAUCAAUUGGAUCAGUAUCGCGGUACCAUCCUGUCUUGUCGUUAUGAAAUCCCUCAUCGACUAGCAGAGUCACAAGACCAGCUGGAGAAUGCAGUGAGGAUUGCUGUCGCGGAUACGAUCAUGAGACACCCGAUGCUGCAAGUCAGCAUAAUAGAUUCUUCUUCCAAGACUCCCUCUUGGAUUCAGCUGAAGAGUCUCGACCUGAAACAGCAUAUCAUAUGGGUUGACGUGAUGGGAAACGACUUUGAGAGCAUGGCUAGGGGCACCUUCAGCACCCAGCUGGAUGAGCGUUUUCCAGACCUUUCCAGCAUGCAGCCGGGAUGGAAGGUCACCAUUAUUCGGCAGGGAGAUACUUCCAUCCCUUCUAUGGAAGUCAUGCUUACAUGGAAUCACCCUUGGUUUGACGCGAUGGGUGCUAAAGUGUUUCACGAAGACUUCAUCACGGCUCUCAAUGAUCCUAACAGAGUACACAGUCAGACCUUAUCGGGCUUGGAUGGCAACAUCCUCAAACUGGCCCAGGACCCCCUCUUGCUGCCUAGUCCUAUCGAGGCCGUGGCGGGUCUACCAGUACGUGUGAAGGUCCUCGGCAAGGCCCUUUGGGACGACUUACGGCCGCAAUUCUUGAAUCGCGAUAUAACUUGGGCAGCGUGGUGCCCGAUCCGCCCAACCCCGUAUAAGACUCAAUACCGGGAUUUCUGGGUUGACCAAGCAUCCUUGUCUGCAAUUUUAGCCCUGUGUCGACGAAACAAGACUACUAUCACGGGCUUGAUAAAUGGGUUAGUUCUCAUCGCCUUCUCCUUGCGCCUGGACCGCGCGGCUGCGCCAGGAUUUCAAAGCUCUACUAUAGUGGACCACCGCCGGAAUCUCCCUCCGGCCCCACAGAGUGCACCUUGGAUUCGGUCAGACAGAGCAGUUAGCAACUAUGUGACGCAGUGUCUCCACAGAUGGGAUACAGAUCUCACGGCACGGAUCCGCUCCAAGUUCCCAGCCUCUGCCAGCGAUGGCAAAGGCAUGGAUCUCUCUGCUGAGCUCCAGAGCGAACUUUGGGCUAUAGCUGCACAAAACCGGGCCGAGAUAGUACAAAAACUACAAAGCGGGCUACGAGAUGAUCUGGUUGGGCUGUUUAAGUACGUCGCAGACUGGCAGCAGACGAUGAGUGCUAUGGCGAAGAAGAAGCGCCAAUUCACAUGGCUGGUUACAAAUAUCGGUGUGAUCGACCCCAGUUUAUCAACAGCGGGGGCCGUCGGCGGCGAUAGCAGCAGCAGCAACCCUGAUGCCGGGGAGAAGUGUUCCAUCAGUCGAGCCCGAUUUGGCCUCAGCACCGAGGUCCCUUCCGCAGCUAUCGGAUUCUCACCAGUCAGUGUCUUCGGUAGGGGCAUGAGUGUUGGUGCUAGCUGGCCUGAUUGUGCUGUUGAAGACGCGCUCGGGGACCGCAUCGUGGCUGAUAUGGAGACGUGGCUGGCUCAACUUGCGCGGGAGUCUUGA